CUGUCCUAUAACUUGUGUUAGAUGAUCUCAGAAAAGAACUUGAGGAUAAACACGCGAAGGAGAUCGACUCCAUGGCGCAAAGACUGUCCUCGCAGGAGGCGGCUUCCUCGGCCACCAUCUCUACCAUGGCAGAACAGAUAUCAUGUCUCGAAAAACAGGUCAGUGAGCUAAUGGCGUUGCGGUCGGGGUUGGAAGCAAACAAAGCUGCCUUGGAAGAGCUUGUCACCCGUCUUAAGAGCGAAAGUUUUGAGGACAAAGAGAGCAAAGCAAAGUUGGAAGAAGACGCGAAGUCAAGGAGAUCCCAACUGGAGAUAUGCAAGAGUCAGCUGCAACAUGCUGAAGCUGAGAAUUUUUCAUUACGGCAGAAAUUGGCCGAGGCAAUCAAAGAAAUCGAGUUGAUGAAGUCUCAACUUCAAGACGAGCGGUCAUCAGCCGAGUCAGAAAGAAGGAUACAUGCAAUGGAUCUUCACAGGUAACGAGUCCGAAAGCUUUCAGAGUGUGUUUUCUGAGCUUCUCUCCACUGCGUGCAGCCUCUCCUAUGAUGAAAGGAUUUUGUCGUCAUUUUUUUUCUUUCCUUUUUCGAGGAACGGAUUCCCAAUCUAUUCGUGGGAAGCAGGACGUGGGGGGAACCAGGCCCAGCGUCCCUUAUGAAAGCAUAUAGCACAAUUCAGGGUAGUCUGGCUGAUCGUUGGCGGUCCUGAAACCAUUGGCUGCCGACCUGCCGACGGGUCGCCCUGUCGGCGCGGACGGCUAGGGGCCCGGUAGGCACUCUGCAGGAUGACAGAAAAUAGAAGCCGGGGUCCUACCGGGCCCGCGGACCGCCCUCCGCCAAAAGAACCACCUUUAUUUCCGGCAGGCCGGGCCCCAGGAAGCAGUCCCAGGCUUUACAAAAG